GUUCUCAGGAUUGGUGAGGUGAUCGACCGAGAGACAGCAGGUAGUCUGGUGCGCGCCCCAUGAGGUGGUUUAGGUGGUUAACAACUCGGAAGUUGCGCGAACCAAACAUCAGGAGACGUUUCCUGUACUUUCGAAAGUUUCGUUGUCAUGCUGGGUAAUGUAGGCAACCAGGCGCCUUCAAAUGGUUGAACAAGCUUGAAGCAAAGUCUGCACACAAUGCAGAACCACCCCAUCGCUCUUCGGCAUCGCAUCGCCAACGCACUUGUGCCGGAAAGCCCAAUCAUGGGCCCGACCCACCCGGUCAGGAAUGCAGAUUCAUGCAGUCCGGGCCCGCUCGCUUUUCUCAUAGGGCGGGGCCGGGACGGCAAUGAGAGUCAUCGCUCCAUCUCGGACUUGAAUGGCUGCUGUCCGUGGCCAACUUGCCCAAGCACGGAUUGGUCCCUUGGACUUGUUGAACGAGGCCAUGUAAGAUGGCAUCACGAUGCUGAAUUACUGCAGUGUUGCACGUCUAGAUCUGCCUCCCCGCGUCUUGCUCUGUCGGUAGGCAUGCGCCUGAUAGAGCUGUGUACGGAUAUCUUGGGGUACGAUGCCCCUCGUCCCUCCGUAGUGGGUACCGAUCUCGCUGGAAGAACGACACUGUUUACAGGAAUAGCGUCACCGGGGUACACAGACUCGAGAUCGGCAUCAUGUUGUUGUGGUCAACUCAUCCAACUUUGUUCUCAAGGUGACUCCAAACGACGUGUCGCCAUGACAGAGUUGUUCUCGCCUCAUUGGUUUUGUGUCUCGGAGUCGAACGUGGUCUCGAACACCACACUAUCGGCUCCGAUAGGACCGUCUACAUCAGCUAAAUGAUGUACUUUAAAUUCUCCAUUUGUACUGUACUGAUAUGUCUCCCCUCCGUUUAUUCGCGUAAAGGUAGAUUGCCGCGAUCUGAUACCGUUGCAGUACUCCAAGUCUGAAUCAUCCAAAGGAAAGGUGACAUGAAGAAACAUGCGCGAUUCACAAUCUGCCUGGUUGGCGCCGAGACCGUCCUCCACGCGUUGUACGCAACUGCGCAUUCCGGCUGCAUGACAUGCACCCAUCCCACAGGCAUCAACACCGUACACCAGCGUCCACUGUGACAAAAUCCGUCUAGCGCGAGGACAUGCCGAAAUGGGUUCGAGUGAGGCCCUCCCGGAGCCUCUCGUGGCUCCGUCUUAUUGAGGAAG